AUCUAUGACUGACGCUAGUACACGAAAAAGUUCGUGGUGCUUUCUAUCGGGUAAUCCGGCCACGUGAUUUUGCUUUGUUGAUAGAAAUAAUCGAAAGGUCAAAUCUACGGAGACUACCCAGCGGUAAAAUCUAAAGUUUCUAGUAUCUGCUAGUAUUAACACUUGGGAGUUGGGCCUUCACUAUCUUACAUGUGUCGUUGACGUUGACUUGUUUAUGAGAAGUCCCUUAGAAAUGAGUACAGCCGACGAACAAAUAGAACGACAGAAGAAGCGAAAUGAUACAACUAGGAAACGUUCGACUAAAUUAGAUUCUGAGGAAAACAAUCCGUGUUUGAAGGAACACCAUUUAUCACUCAAAUGCCUCAAUGACAACAAUGCUGAUCAUGAUGCUUGCACUUUAUACUUUAUGAAUUAUAAAAACUGCAAAGAUUUUUGGUAUCAAGUAACAAGGGAACGUAGAAAGAAUGGAAUCAAACCAUACCUUCCACCACCUGCAGACAGACUCAAAAUAAAAGAAGAAUAUUUAAAAGCCAAUUCUCCUAAAUAAUUCCUUAAGUAGUGUAACAAUAAACUUGUUCAAUAUGUAUAAUCACGAAAUAAAUACCGUAUUUACUUGAUGUGUUUGAGUUUGUUUAUUUGAAAAUAUGAGUGCCUAUAAAUUACCUACCAGUAUACUGUAUGUAUGGAGGUUAUUAAGUAUUAAGGGAUUGUACAUUCUUUUAUCAAUGAAACCAGCUAAAAUUCAUACACGGAGAAAUAUUUUGAAUGUGUAAUUAGUAUGACUUCUAUUAUUCAUUUACCAAGUUAUAGGCUAAUCAAUGAUAAGUAUGGCUGUUUGUGACCGUCACAGGGA